AUGACAUCCACCAAAUGUGAUCUACCGUAGAUGUGCGCCGCCAUCACUGCUGCCUCCGCCGCCUCAGUUCUCGAUAGUCGAAUGCUUCAGAGUUUUUUCAAUGCGCAUAUCCACAAGCCUCACAUCAAACAGGUUGGUUCUCUCUUCUCUCACCUCAUAGUUUCCACUACCAAGAGCCGCUUCUUCAUCAGUUCUCUCGCAGACCAUUCAUCACAAUCAUCAUCUUCUUCUUCAGUGAACGAAGAAGCAAUCAAAACCCACGUAGAUUUGUCUGCUAUUGACUGUUCUAGGAUUGUAAAAUCAGUUAUACUGAGAUGUUCACAUCUUUGGGAGACGAACAGUGUUAAGCCCUUUGGUUACUCGUCUCUGAAAGAGCACCUUUUGGGGAUUUCUGACAUAUCGCCCGAAACCACACGUAAAUUUCGGAGGGUUUCGGAGCUGAAACCCGAAGAUGUCCUUGAAAUAUUACUGGGUUUUCAAUUUCAUCGUGAAAAUCCCCAGAUUGAAUCUGGAAAGGUUGAAUCUUUAUGGGGAAUUUUCAAGUGGUCUAAUGAUCAGAAUAAGGGUUUCAAGCAUCUGCCUCAGUCAUGUGAGAUCAUGGCCUCUAUGCUUAUCCGGGUUGGGCUGCUUAGAGAAGUUGAAUCCUUGCUUGCAGAGAUGGAAAGUCGAGGAGUUCUGUUGGAUGGUCAUGAAAUUUUCAGUGAUUUAGUUGAAGGGUAUGUUUGUGUAAGUGAAUCAGAAAGGGCUAUUUCGGUGUAUGAUCAAAUGAGGGGGCGAGGCUUAGUCCCAUCAUUGUCAUGUUACAAUAUUCUUAUUGAUCAUUUAGUUCAAACUAAUGAAAAGCAGUUGGUGUUUCGAGUUUACUUGGAUAUGGUGGAGAUGGGUUUUGAUUUGAGCAACGCAGAAAGGGCUAAUCUUGAGAAUGUCAUUAAGCUACUAUGUAGGGACGGAAAGAUUCGGGAAGGAAGAAGUCUUGUUAAGAAGGUUAUGGGUUUAGGUUUGAACCCUAGUAGUUUAAUCCUUGAUGAGAUUGCUAAUGGGUACUGUGAGAAGAAGGAUUUUGAGGAUGCUCUUAGUUUCUUUGUUGAAAUGAACUGUGCACCCAGUGUUGUAGUUGGCAAUAAGAUUAUGUAUUCUUUAUGCAGAGAUUUUGGCACAGAAAGAGCAGACCUAUUCUUACAGGAAUUGGAGCAUUUAUGUUUCAGUCCUGAUGAAAUAACCUUUGGGAUCCUAAUUAGUUGGUGUUGUCGUGAAGGGAAACUGAAAAAUGCCUUCAUUUAUCUGUCUGAAAUUUUGUCCAGAGACUUAAAACCAGAUAUAUGUUCAUACAAUGCUAUUAUCAGUGGGGUUUUUAAGGAGGGUUUGUGGAAGCAUGCCCAAGAUAUUCUUCAUGAAAUGGUUGACAUGGGGAUAAAACCUGACCUGUUGACGUUUAGAGUUCUUUUAGCAGGUUAUUGUAAAGAUCGACGAUUUGAUGAAGCGAAAGCAACUGUUGGUGAGAUGGUGAAUUAUGGUCUAAUUCAACUCUGUUCACAGGAGGACCCACUUUCUAAAGCCUUCAUGGUUUUGGAGCUUGAUCCUCUGGCCAUUAGGGUAAAAAGGGACAAUGAUGUUGGAUUUUCUAAAACAGAGUUCUUUGACAAUCUUGGGAAUGGACUUUAUUUAGAAACAGACUUAGAUGAGUAUGAAAAGAAAGUAAAUGGGAUUCUUGAAGAUUCAAUGGUUCCUGAUUUUAACUUGCUUAUAACAAGGGCAUGUGCUGGUGGGAAUGUAAAAACUGCAAUGAUGGUGGUAGAUGAAAUGGUUCGUUGGGGGCAAGAGCUGUCUUUGUCUGCCUUCUCAGCAUUACUGAAGGGGCUUUGUGCAUUUUGUUUCUCUAUCAAGGCAGUUACUGGUCUCUUAGAGAAAAUGCCAAAGUUGGUUAAUCAGGUAGACGAGGAAACUCUCAAUUUGCUAGUCCAAACACACUGCAAAAAAGGCUUCAUUGGCAAGGGCAAAAUAAUACUGAAUGGAAUGCUCCAAAGGCAUCUCAGUGUUAAGAGUGAGACAUACGUGGCUCUAUUAGCAGGUUUAUGCAAAAAAGGAAACUCAAGAACCAUCCGAUGUUGCUGGGAUCUUGCAAGAAGAGAUAAAUGGUUACUUGAACUGAAAGAUUGUAAAGUCCUUGUGGGUUGUCUAUGCCAGCAAAAAUUUCUCAAAGAAGCAUUAGAGCUCCUUGAAAGCAUGCUGGUGACCUACCCUCACUUACGCUUAGAUGUUUGCAAUAUGUUCCUUGAAAAGCUUUGUGUUGUGGGGUUUACUAGUAUUGCACAUGCUUUAGUGGAUGAAUUUCUACAGCAGGGCUGCAUCUUGGAUCACACAGCUCAUAGCCAUCUUAUAAGUGGUUUCUGUAAGGAGAAAAGAUUCUCGGAAGCUUUCACAAUAUUUGAGAGUAUGCAAGCUAAGAACUUGGUCCCAUGCUUGGAUGCUUCUAUUCUGUUAAUUCCUCAACUUUGUAGGGCGAAUAGAGUUGAGAAAGCUAUUGCUUUGAAGGACCUUAGUUUGAGGGAACAGUCCAUAGACUCAUUCUCUGUGCAUAGUGCUUUGAUGAAUGGGUUUUGUAAGACAGGGAGAAUUGGAGAAGCAGCCAUUCUAUUUCAGGAUAUGUUGUCAAACGGGCUACUUCCAGAUAUUGAAAUUUGCAACAUGCUGGUUUUUGGAUACUGCCAAGCUAACAGCGUGCAGAAAGUCACUGAGUUAAUUGGUGUUAUGAUAAGAAAGGAUUUAGGCUUCUCAAUCUCAGUGUACCGAAAUGUGGUUCGUCUGUUGUGUAUGAAUGGUAUGGUCCUUCCUUUAUUAAGGAUGAAAGAGCUUAUGCUUAGGGAAAACAACUUUCCGCAUCUGAUUGUUUAUAACAUUCUAAUUUACCAUCUUUUCCAAACAGGGAACAGUUUGCUUGUGAAGGUAAUUUUGGGUGAGUUGCAUAAGAAAGGAUUGCUAUUUGAUGAAGUCACUUAUAAUUUUCUUGUGUACGGGUUUUUGCAAAGUAAAGAUGUGCCAAUUUCUGUGCAGUAUCUGACUGCUAUGAUUUCUAAGGAACUUAGGCCGAGCAGCCGCAACUUGAGGGCAGUAAUAAGCUGCCUCUGUGAUAGUGGGAUGCUUAGAAAGGCCUUGGAGUUGAGUCGAGAAAUGGAAUUAAGAGGCUGGAUUCAUGGUUCAAUUGUUCAAAAUGCAAUUGUUGGGUGCCUUCUUUCUCAUGGUAAGCUUAAAGAAGCAGAAAGCUUUUUAGACAGGAUGGUAGAAAAAGGUUUAAUUCCAGAUAAUAUAAAUUACGAGAGUCUAAUUAGGCAAUUUUGUUGGCAUGGGAGACUGAACAAAGCAGUUGAGCUUCUAAACAUAAUGUUGAAGAAAGGAAACCUCCCAAAUUGUUCUAGUUAUGAUUCUGUAAUCCAAGGUUUCUGCACAGUCAACAGAUUGGAUGAAGCUAUGGAUUUUCAUACCGAGAUGUUGGAUAGGAAGUUAAGGCCAAGCAUCAAAACAUGGGAUGCACUUGCCCAUAAGUUCUGCCAAGAUGGACGAACUGCAGAAGCUGAAAGUUUAUUGGUCUCUAUGGUUCAGAUGGGUGAAACUCCAACCAGGGAGAUGUACACCUCCCUAAUUAACAGGCUCCGCUCUGAGAAUAAUCUCAGCAAGGCAUCUGAGCUCUUGCAGGCAAUGCAACUAAGUGGUCAUGCACCAGACUUUGGGACUCACUGGUCUCUCAUAAGCAACUUAAACCGCUCUAAAGACAAGGACAGUGCAAACCGGGGUUUCUUGUCAAGGCUACUUUCUGAAAGUGGAUUUAGUCGAGGAAAGAGCUCCAAACAAGGGUAAUACAAAAUUGUGCAAUCUGGGUUUCUGAUUUUACCUUCAUUUUUAGCUUAGUUGAUGGAACUGUAAUGUGGGUUUUUUAUUCCCCAAUGAUGUGAAAUGUAGAUGACUGUAAUCCUGCUGAUUCCAGGAAGCGAUGUAUAUAUUAAAUUAAAUAUAAAAAAAUUCAAAUA